AUGGUCCUCGCUCGCGCGGCGCGCUUCUUCCAGAAGCUGAGUGAGGAGGCGGCGGCUUCCGUCGCCGCAGCCGAGGCGGCCAAACGGGCACCGGUGACCAAGACGUUCAACAACGAGCUCGACAUGGUGCUCCGAAGACAGGAUCCGCACGACCGUAUCCUCUUCGAGCCGGCCCGCCGGUUUCAGAAGUUUUCUGGAGGGCUGGCGUUGGAGUACCUUUCUAGGAGUGCCAAGUCGUUCUCGGCCCACCUCAUCCCCUUCUACAACAUUGCCAUGAUUGCGCACAUCCGACCAAGCAUGUACGACAUUUCGACAGGGCGCCGGCCACUCGGUUCCCGGCUUCGCGCCGAAUCGUAUGUCUCCCUCGAGGGAUGCACAGUGGCCGCUGUGCCGAGAGAUCACUGGGCCUUCGGCGUGGUACUCAACGACGACCUCUUCGACAUUGCUGGCGGCCCAAAGGUCGGGGACCUGCCCAAGAGCAAGGAGAGUCUUGCAGAAGGGCGAAUGAGUUCAUUUAAGAGUUCAAUGCCAACGUACCCUGGAUCCGACGGAUACAACAACCUGUCGUUUAGCACACAAGACUACUUUGACUCGUUGCCCGACUGGCUGAAUAAGAAGGCGCCUUUGAGCGGGGAUCCAAAAGAUGCGACCACCCCUCUGUUUGCGUACGGCCCCCCACGGUUUACAAGGCUCGAACAGGAGGCGAUUGUCCACCGUCAGAACAAUGCCAAGGAGGCCAACGAGGGAAUGGUAGAAGGGAACCAGCUGGACGGGGACAUGGAAGUAUACGCCUUCCCACAGUAUCGGCUGGUCUACAAGGCCGAGUUGUUUGACGGGGGCGUCACCAUUGCCGAUGCGUCUGACGCCCUCGAUAAGAGAAUGUGGAGGCUUGAGCCGUUUACGCCGACAUCACUGGCCCGACGACCAGGCUACAUUUUACACGUCGAUCAGAAGCAGAGCGAAGCCAACCGCUGGAUAAGGAAUAACUGGUUCAAAGAAACCCCUCCAUUUUUGAUGUCGACCGUUUCCGACGUCAAGACCGACGCCCUCCACAACAUUGUUCUCAGGAGCAUGCUCCGAAACCCAGUGUCAAAGGACACGUGGGAGGAUCCGUUCUUGCUGCCGAUGGUCAACUUUGCACAGCGAGGCACAAAGGACAUGGUCGCAGUGCGAGACUAUGCGACAGUCCACCUCAUGCUCGGGGGAGAGGGCUCUGGUCGACCUUCGUUAUUCGGCACCGCGACCACGGCAAAACUUUCCCAGCGCCUUCAGAAUAAGAGGGCCAAGGCCUCGGCCGCUGCCGCACCACCUCCUCAAGCCAAGCCAGAAAAUCAACCCCUACCGCCACCAAGGGCGCCCGCACGCAUCCCAUCGCAUCUGCUGCAGAGCCGCCAUAAUGAUGGCGCACGCCAAUCGCUGACACGUCGCGUGGCUGGCCAAGUUGACCGGCAACGGCAGUGGCUGUCAGCCACAGAACAACAGGCCAAGCUUACCAAAGAAGAGGCCAAGCGCAAAGCCGAUGCCGAGAAGCAACGGGCCGCCGCUAAUGGUCGCCCGCUGCCUCUUGACCGCCCCGUGUCCGACAAACAAGGAUACUACAAGGUUCUCGAUAUUGCCCUCACGCGCGACUUUAUCGACUACACGAUGGAAGAGAUCAUCAACAGGCGGAUAAAGGACAAGCGCAACAAGAUGAUUCUUGAGAACCACCCAGAUUACUCGGCGAGCGCUGCCGAAGAGGACACCAGGACUGAUCGCGCGGCCCGGAUCAAUGUUGCAUUCGACCACCUAGAGACUUGUGAGCUCCGAGUCAAGUACCACAACUCGCACCGCCGCUAGAAUUGCAUAGCCACCUCGCAUUAUACUUGUACACUGCAUGUACGCAAUCCGCAUCUAUAUACAUCUAUGUCGUUGUCUCCCACGUCGCCUCGAGGAAGGCGACAAAGCCCGACGCGACCUCGGGCUCGGUCCAGUUGCCUGCUGAGCGUGCGUUACUCUUCUGCGCCUGGAUCUGCUGGGCCUCAAACUGGCGCUUGAGGCGCUGCAGCUCCGCGAGCGUGGGCCUGCGGCCGUGCGGCAGGUGGAGGACGAGUUUUCCAGCGGCAGGUGGGGACGGCACGGGGAAGGUGUUGGCGCCGGGCGCGGCUGUCAAAUGCUGCAGCAGGGACUGGACGAGCGCGGUGGUGGUGUUUGUCAGUGUCUGCAGCGUGCCAGGUGGCGGUUUUCCGCGCUGCGUGCGUGUGAGCAAAGCGCGAGCAACCGGCACCCACAGUGACCACUGCACCCGUUGGUGGCUUCUUCUCUCCCUUGGUGACGGCAGCCCAGAUGUCGUCGGCGGGCAGCGCCUCGUCCCAAGGCACGGUGAAUAGCGGCGCAUCCCACCGCUGCAUCGAGUUGGGCUCCUCGUACCGCAUAAUGAGGUUGUCAAAGGUCGCCUCCUUGUACUGCUCGUCCUCUGCCCUCGCCGCAUGCCACUCGCGGCACUUGUCCGGUGGCGCGGCAACACGCACCGUCGCGACGCGCACAUGCGCCUCCCGGGCCGCACAGUACAUCUGGUACCGGAAGCCCUUGAUGUAGUUUGCCGAGUCGACAAUGGUGAUGGUGUUGGGCGAGAGGGCGCGCGUGGCCGCCGUGAAGAGGGCUGCGCGGGAGGGUUUCUCGGCGGCAGAGGAGUCGUACGCUGCCCGCGUGACAUGGCUCCCGGCGUCGUCGACGAGCACGACGUCAAACUUCUGGCCGGUGUACGACGGGCUGGCUAUCCGCGCCUCAAAGUCGGCCUUGAGCUCGCGUGCGCGCGUCGUCUUGCCCGAGCAGGGGAAUCCCGAGAUUGUGA